CAUGUCAUCAUGUAUAGAUGCUGUAAAGCAGAGACAUAGAUUACAGUGUGUGACAGUAAAAGAGAAUCAAUUCCUUUGCAACCAAAAAACCAAAACACAGCACCAACAAAAAAAAAAAGCAACCUUUUUACUCUCAAAAACCAAACCCUCAUCUCGUACCUUGUCACCUGAAACUUCCAUUCUUAAAUCCUUGCUGGGUUUCAUUUCAUGUCUUGUUUUCUUCAACUUCCAAAUAGAUAGAUACAUAUAUAGAUAUAACUUGGGAAAAAGUUUGUAUUUUUAAGGAUUACAAGAUAUGUACGUUGUUCCUCCACCUCAGAGAUCCGAUCCGGGUUCAGGAUCUGCUGAUUUGCGUGUUUAUCAAGCUUGGAAGGGUUCUAAUAAAUUUUUUCUUCAAGGACGGUUCAUAUUUGGACCAGAUGCAAGAUCGUUGGGCCUGACAAUUUUUCUUAUUGUUGCUCCGGUUGUAGUGUUCUGCGUCUACGUUGCCAGAAAAUUUUUCGAUGAUUAUUCUGAUCACUGGGGAGUAUCCAUAAUGGCAGUUGCUAUUGUCUUCACAAUUUAUGUCUUAAUUCUUCUCUUCUCAACAUCUGGCCGUGACCCUGGCAUAAUCCCGCGCAAUGCUCAUCCUCCGGAGCCAGAAGGUCUUGAAGGAAGUGUAGAUGUUGGUGCUGGUCAAACUCCUCAAUUGCGGUUGCCUCGCAUCAAGGAGGUUGAGGUCAAUGGAAUUUCUGUUAAAGUCAAGUAUUGUGAUACGUGCAUGCUCUACAGGCCUCCUCGAUGUUCUCACUGCUCAAUUUGCAACAACUGUGUAGAGAGGUUUGAUCAUCACUGCCCCUGGGUUGGGCAGUGCAUUGGGCUGCGUAACUAUCGCUUCUUCUUCAUGUUUGUCUUCUCAGCUACACUGCUUUGCAUAUAUGUUUUCGCAUUUUGUUGGGUCUAUAUUAGAAGAAUUAUGAAGGCUGAGGAGACAACAAUUUGGAAGGCAAUGAUCAAAAGUCCAGCCUCGAUAGUCUUAAUCAUUUACACCUUCAUCUGCAUGUGGUUCGUUGGCGGCCUUACUGCCUUUCAUUUAUAUCUCAUAAGUACAAAUCAGACUACAUAUGAGAACUUCAGAUACCGAUAUGAUCGACGGGCCAACCCUUAUAACAAAGGAGUGUUCGAUAAUUUCAAAGAGAUAUUCUUCACCAGCAUUCCCUCAUCAAAGAAUAAUUUCAGGGCAAAGGUGCCAAUUGAACCAGUAUUACCUGCUCGAUCGGUGGGUGGUGGCUUUAUGAGUCCAAGUAUGGGAAAAGCUGUUGACGACAUAGAGAUGGGAAGGAAAACAGUCUGGAGUGAAAUGGGCAGCAGCAUCGAUCAAUGUGAAGGUCAGUUACACAAUCGUACAGCUGUAAAGGAUGGGGAGUUUGAUGAUUUGUCACCAGAAAUUAGGACAACGGUAGAUGAGACGAGCGGCGAGCGUGUUGGAGUACAUCCUAGGAGAUCUAGCUGGGGAAGAAAAAGUGGAAGCUGGGAGAUGUCUCCCGAAGUUCUUGCUUUGGCAGCCAGGGUUGGAGAACCGAAUCGUGUUGGUGGAAGUAGCAGCAGUUUGAGCACAGAGAACAGACAUUCAUAGCCACGGAAAUGAUUGGCCGUGACACUAAUUCAAAAAUGUUAAAUCUACAACUAAACUAAUUGUAUUUCACGUGCGAGGCGAUGAAAGGCUUUUCGGGGUGUUUCUUAGUGUUGUUUUAGCCGAUCGGCUUCUAGGAAGGUAUUGUUUUGGUGUUCUGAGAUUGGUAUUUCCUUUGCCUGAUGUUGUAUUGCCCUUAUGAUUAACCGGCCUUUACAUCUACUGAAGUAGCUACCGCUCUCUCUCUCUGCGGUAGAAUAUAUUAAUUCUUAAACAAUACAUUCUUGUGCAAUUCAAACCAAGUCUUAUUGUGAUA